CUCUGCGUAUAUAAAACCUUUCGAGUCUAAAAUCCUGUGAGUUUAUGGGAGAAACGUCGACAGAUAAGCAAAACAACGUGAUUUCAAUCCCAUUCAAUGAUUUCAGACGUUGGGAAGGCAAACUGCACCUCCUUCAGGACAUACUUGACCAGUGGCUGAAAGUACAGGCUACGUGGAUGUACUUGGAACCGAUUUUCUCCUCUCCAGAUAUUCAGCAGCAGAUGCCGGAGGAAGGGCGAAGGUUCAGCGCGGUGGACAAAACGUGGCGGGACAUAAUGAAGACCGUAUACUCCGAUUCGCGGGUUUUGUCUGUUCUAGAAAUUGAUAAGAUGCUUGAGAGACUUCGGAAGAGCUUUGGGCUUCUGGAAUUGAUCCAAAAAGGACUCAACGAGUACCUGGAAAAAAAGAGGCUCUACUUUCCGAGGUUCUUCUUCCUCUCAAACGACGAGCUCCUCGAAAUACUAUCAGAGACGAAAGAUCCAACUCGCGUUCAACCUCAUUUGAAAAAGUGCUUCGAGGGAAUAGCGAAGCUUGCCUUCAACUCAGACCUCGAAGUCGGUAAGAUGAAGUCCGCCGAAGGAGAGGAAGUUGAUUUGAUCGACAUUAUUUCGACCGCGGCUGCCAGGGGUCAGGUAGAAAAGUGGCUUUUGGAACUGGAAGGAGACAUGCGUAGAAGCGUCAGGCAGAUGGUGAUUUUAGCGAUCGAUGCAUAUCCGAUAAAAGAACGCUCAACAUGGGUCCUCGAGUGGCCUGGACAGACGGUUCUCUGCGUAGGUUCGAUGUACUGGACAGUUCAAAUUGAGGAAGCAAUGCCACUCGGGGUGCCAGGACUGAAGAAUUACUUGGACCUUUGUAACACUCAGUUGAACGAGAUAAUAUUAUUGGUCAGAGGAAAGCUAUCUACGCAAAAUCGAAUCACUCUUGGUGCCCUCGUCACUCUCGACGUCCAUGCCAGAGACGUACUAGUAGGACUGUGGCAGGACCAGGUCAUCGUUAAUAGUGACUUCAAGUGGCUCUGCCAGUUGAGAUACUAUUGGCAGGAAAAUCUCUGUGUCUACAUGAUCAACUCUUCUCUUCAUUACGGUUACGAGUACCUUGGCAAUUCACCGCGGCUCGUCAUAACCCCGUUAACCGAUCGUUGCUACCGAACUCUCUUCGGGGCCCUGAGUCUUCACCUGGGUGGAGCUCCGGAAGGCCCAGCAGGCACAGGAAAAACUGAGACGACGAAGGACCUGGCGAAGGCAAUUGCAAAGCAGUGCGUUGUCUUCAACUGCUCGGACGGUCUGGACUAUAUCGCUUUGGGCAAGUUCUUCAAGGGCCUGGCAUCGUGUGGAGCCUGGUCAUGCUUUGACGAAUUCAACCGGAUCGAUCUUGAAGUUCUAUCUGUGGUUGCACAGCAGAUACUAACCAUUCAGAGGGGGAUAAACUCUGGAGCGUCGAAGUUGCUCUUUGAGGGUACGGAAAUAUGGCUGGAUCCUACCUGCGCCGUUUUCAUCACCAUGAACCCUGGGUACGCCGGGAGGUCGGAGUUACCGGACAACUUGAAGGCGCUCUUUAGAUCCGUCGCCAUGAUGGUGCCCGAUUACGCCCUGAUAUCGGAGAACACACUCUACUCUUACGGUUUCUAUAACGGGCGUCCACUGGCAGUGAAAAUCGUGACUGCGUACAAGCUGUGCUCGGAACAACUCAGCAGUCAGUGUCACUACGACUACGGGAUGCGAGCGGUAAAGUCCGUCUUGGUCGCAGCUGGGAACCUGAAGCUCAAGUACCCGGACGAAUCUGAGGACAUUUUGAUGUUGCGCAGUAUAAAGGACGUCAACUUGCCAAAGUUUCUGAGCCACGACUUACCUCUCUUCCAAGGCAUCGCCUCCGACCUUUUCCCCGGGGUUGAACUGCCGGAACCCGAUUACACCCACAUAAACAGCUGCACGCGAGAAGCAUGUCUCGCGGCGAAUCUACAGUGCACGGAUUUCUUUCUCGAGAAAGUACAGCAGAUAUUUGAGAUGAUGAUAGUCAGACACGGUUUCAUGAUCGUCGGUCUUCCCUUCGGCGGUAAAACGUCGGCGUACAGGAUGCUCGCCGAGUGUUUGGCUCGCCUUGAGGAACAGAAUCUAAUGGAAGAGCACCGAGUCGAGAUUACGGUGAUCAAUCCGAAGUCGAUAACAAUGGGCCAGUUGUACGGACAGUUUGAUCCAGCCUCCCACGAAUGGAGCGACGGCGUUCUUGCCGUCAGCUACAGAGCCUUUGCCGUCUCGCAAAAUGAAAACCGAAAAUGGCUGAUUUUUGACGGACCCGUCGAUGCAAUCUGGAUCGAAAACAUGAACACAGUGUUGGAUGACAAUAAGAAACUCUGCCUCAUGUCUGGUGAAAUAAUCCAGCUCGCACCGACCACCAAUUUAAUAUUUGAGCCCAUGGACUUGGAGGUCGCUUCUCCGGCCACCGUGUCUCGCUGUGGUAUGAUUUACAUGGAGCCUGUGAGUCUGGGCUGGACGCCACUUCUGAUAUCUUGGAUGAACACACUGCCCAGCACCCUGAGCGAACAUAUUAAAAUCCAGCUGAAAGAAAUGUUCAUGAGAUUUUGUUCAAUAUUGUUACAUUUGAUUCGGCGUUGCGGAGAAAUGAUCCCGAUGCCAGAUUCAAACCUAGUUCGCUCAGUGAUGCAUCUAUGCGAUUGUUUCAUGGACGAUUUCAAAAAUCCUAGGUACAUCGAGAGCAUAUCCGAUCUGGAAAUGAGGGCGCAGAUAGAGGGAUCGUUCUUCUUCUCCUGCGUUUGGGCAUUAGGUGGAACGCUGAUGGCGACGUAUCGAGAGUGGUUCAACGAUCUUUUCCGCGGUCUGAUGCAGAGGGAAUUUCCAGAGGAGCUGAUCGCACAAUUUGGGCUUCCGGAAGACACAACUGGUCCUAAAAAGCCUUACGUUUGUCCAAUACCAUCAGGCGGGCUGGUUUUCGACUACAACUACAUAAAGGAGGGUAAAGGUCAUUGGAAACUCUGGUCUGAGAACUUGUCCGAUGUUCCACCGAUUCCACGAGACAUACCGGUCAACCAGAUAAUCGUGCCGACCGUUGAGACGAUCCGAUACAUGGAGCUCUUCAGGAAAUUGGUUUCGCAUCAGAAGCCCGUCCUCUUGGUGGGACCAACGGGGACUGGCAAGUCGGUCUACAUAAUGGAAUUCCUCCUCAAGAUAAACGAUGCCAAGGUGUAUAAGCCCCUUUUCAUAAACUUCUCGGCCCAGACGACGGCCAAUCAAACCCAGGACAUAAUAAUGAGCAAGCUGGACAAGCGGAGGAAAGGAGUGUACGGGGCACCGCCAGGAAAAUUCUGGGUCAUCUUUGUCGACGAUGUAUCGAUGCCCCUGAAAGAGGAAUAUGGCGCUCAACCGCCGAUCGAACUUCUCCGGCAGUGGCUCGACCACCAGCAGUGGUUCGACCGACGGGAAAUCGUCCCCAUAAAGCUGGUCGACGUUCAGAUAAUGUGCGCGAUGGGUCCACCGACUGGAGGAAAAGACGUCACACCCAGAUUCAAGCGGCAUUUUUUCACCUUGAGCAUAUCCGAGUUCCAAGAUGACGUCAUGGUGAUGAUAUUCACCAACAUCAUGCUCUGGCACAUUGACGCCCAAGGCUUUGGUCCGGAAUUCAAAUCCUGUGCGGAUCAGGUGGUCCUUGGCACCCUCGAUAUAUACAAGGAGAGUCUCACCAACUUGUUGCCUACCCCGGCAAAAUCACAUUAUCUGUUCAACUUGCGUGAUUUUUCCCGAGUCAUUCAGGGCGUUCUUUUGUCGACUCCGGAAUCCAUGCCAAAUCCGCUUAAAAUGAAACGGCAAUGGGUACACGAAGUGCUGCGUGUCUACGGCGACCGGCUCGUAGACGAAGGAGACAUCGGCUGGCUGGUUGGCCAGCUUCGAAAGACGAUGGAUCAGCGAAUGGAUGAGGAUAUGGACAUGAUGUUUCAGGACUUCACGGGGAAUCCCGAAAUCAAGGUAAAAAGGACCUUCACGUUCUGAGAUAAGAAUGAUAGUUAAAUUACUGGUUCUCGUGCUCAGGUUGAGGAUCAUCAUUUGCGAAAUUUGGUGUACUGCGACUUCCACGAUCCUCUGGCAGAGAAGAAGAUGUAUGUCGAAGUCAAGGCGCUUGACACGCUUGCUGAAAUUGUUGAGGAGUAUCUAGCCGAGUACAACUCGAUGACGAAGAAGCCCAUGAACUUGGUUCUCUUCAGGUAUGUUAUUAGGAAUAAUGGUAGGUUCGCAGUCGAGCAUCUAUCCAAGAUCUGUCGCAUAAUAAAGCAGCCCCGAAGCCAUGCGCUUCUCGUAGGCGUUGGAGGCUCGGGUCGACAAUCGUUGACACGUUUAGCUGCCCACAUAUCUGAGUACGAUAUAUUCCAAGUCGAGAUAUCGAAGCAGUACGGGGUGUACGAGUGGCACGAGGACGUCAAGAUAGUCCUCCGCAAGAGCGCUGCGACAGACUUGCACGCUGCAUUUCUUUUCACCGACAGUCAAAUAAAGGAAGAGUCCUUCCUUGAGGACAUUAGCAACCUGCUGAAUACCGGUGAAGUUCCAAACUUAUUCGCUGCGGACGAGAAGGCGGAGAUUUGCGAGAAGAUGCGUCAGAUCGACAGACAGAGAGACAAGACGCUCCAAACGGACGGCAGUCCGGUUGCUCUUUUCAAUUUCUUUGUUCAAAUUGUUCGCGAACAGUUGCACAUAAUUGUCGCCAUGUCACCCAUCGGUGAUGGCUUCCGGAAUAGGAUUCGCAAAUUCCCUGCUCUCGUGAAUUGCUGCACAAUUGACUGGCUUCAACCAUGGCCUGAAGAUGCUCUUGUUGCUGUUGCUACCAAGUUUCUUGAGAAGAUAAAACUGUCUUCUAAAGAGAGACUCGCUUGCAUCGAGAUGUGCCAGGUCUUCCACACUUCGACUCAACAGCUUUCUAAGGAAUUCCUUUCUCAAGCUCGCAGGUGGAAUUACGUCACACCUACGUCUUACCUCGAACUGAUUAACACUUUCAAAAACUUACUCGCAAAAAAGAGGCAGGAGGUCAUUGACGGAAAGAAGAGGUACGAAGCGGGUCUCGGAAAAUUGGACAACACUCACAAGCAGGUUGGCAAAAUGCAAGAAACUUUAAUGGCGCUUCAACCGAAGCUUUUGGUCGCUGCAAAGGAGGUUGAAAAGAUGCUUGAAAGCGUUCAGAAAGAGAGCGCUGAGGCAUCUGCAGUUGAGGCCAUUGUCAAGAAAGAUGAAGAGGCUGCGAUGGUUGUAGCUGGAGAGGCUGAAGCGAUUCGCGCAGACUGCAACGCGGAUCUAGAACUGGCGAUGCCGAUAUUGAAUGCAGCGAACGCAGCGUUGAACACACUGACUCCUCCAGAUAUCGUUAUAGUUAAAACGAUGAAAAAUCCACCGGCAGGUGUCAAGCUCGUAAUGGAGGCAGUGUGCAUAUUAAAGGGUCUGAAGCCCGAAAGGGUGACGACAGACGGUAUCCACCAGGUGGACGACUACUGGAAACCGUCACUGCGAAUCCUAGGGGAUAUAAAAUUCCUGGACUCAUUGCAGCAGUUUGACAAAGACAACAUACCCGAAAAAAUAAUGACGAAGAUCCGAACCUCAAUCCUCACAAAUCCGAACUUUGACCCCGACAAGAUAAAGAAUGCCUCGACGGCCUGCGAGGGUCUGUGCAAGUGGGUUUACGCCCUGUCGGAAUACGACAAAGUAGCAAAGGUCAUUGCACCAAAAAAGAAGGCUCUGGCGAAGGCCGAAGCUUUGUUCGCUGAGGCGAUGGCGGAGCUCGACGUCAAGCGAGCGCAGCUCAAACAGGUCCAGGAUAGAGUUGCCGCUUUGGAACGCCUUCUUGCUGAGCGGAAGAAGAGCUACCAGAAUAUGAUGGACGUGGUGAACGACUGCGAGAUGAAGUUAAUCAGAGCCAAGGAGCUGAUUGGUGGACUGGGUGGCGAGUACACGCGGUGGUCAGAUACGGCAACAGCGCUUGGACAGCGCUAUUUCCGGCUUACCGGCGAUGUCCUUAUCGCGGCAGGCAUCGUUGCUUACCUCGGUGUUUUCACGAUGCAGUACCGUUCCAAGCAAGUCGAGUUCUGGGUCAAGUUUUGCACUGGCCUGAACGUCGUCUGUUCCCAGGACUACCAGCUGACUCAGGUUCUCGGAGACCCCGUGCAAAUCAGAUCCUGGGCCAUUUUUGGCCUGCCAAGCGAUCUCUUUUCCAUCGAUAACGCUAUCAUCGUCACCAACUCCAGGCGUUGGCCCCUCAUGAUCGACCCUCAGGGCCAGGCCAACAAGUGGGUCAAGAAUACGGAGAAGGCCUCCAAUAUAAACGUCAUUCGGCUCACCCAAAAUGACUACAUGCGUAUCCUCGAAAGCGCUAUUCAGUUUGGCCAGCCUGUACUGCUGGAAAACGUUGGCGAGGAACUCGACGCUGCUCUCGAACCACUGCUUCUGAAACAGACUUACAAAGCCGGCGGAACUCUUUGCAUUAAACUCGGUGACUCGGUUGUCGAGUAUAAUGAAAAGUUCAGGCUUUACAUCACGACUAAAUUGAGAAAUCCACAUUAUCUACCAGAAGUUGCGGUUAAGGUUACGCUCCUCAAUUUCAUGAUAACGCCAAUCGGCCUCGAGGAUCAAUUAUUGGGAAUUGUUGUCGCAAAGGAACGGCCUGAUUUAGAGGCUGAAAAGAAUCAGCUGAUCGUCCAGGGUGCCGCAAAUAAAAAAAUGUUGAAGGACAUCGAAGACAAGAUUCUUCAAGUACUCUCAUCGUCUGAUGAAAAUAUUCUGGAGGACCAGACAGCUAUCGGCGUUCUUAGCUCGUCAAAAAUUCUUUCAGACGAUAUCCAAACCAAACAAGCAGCCACUGAGAUCACCGAGAAGUCGAUCGAUGUUGCUAGACUUCAAUACACCGGAAUCGCUGUUUACUCCACCAUCUUGUUCUUCACCAUUGCCGUCCUGGCUAAUAUCGAUCCAAUGUAUCAGUACUCAUUAGUAUGGUUUGUCAACCUAUUCAAAUCGACGAUCGAAAACACGCCCCCAGUGGAAGAUCUUGAUCAGCGGUUAGCUGAUCUGACUAAAAAUUUUACGUAUUCAUUAUACGUGAACAUAUGCCGCUCGCUAUUCGAGAAGGACAAGCUGCUUUUCUCUCUUCUGCUGGUCAUCAACCUUCUGAACAAGCAGGGUAAGAUAUCAAACGCUCACUGGAUGUUCCUGCUAACAGGCGGUGUCGGCCUCGACAAUCCUCAUCCAAAUCCUACAAACUGGCUACCAAUAAAGUCGUGGGACGAACUCUGUCGCCUGAAUGACGUGCCUGGAUUCAGCGGCAUCAGAGACGCAUUUGCAUCAAACCUCGCAGCCUGGAAAAUGAUAUUCGAUCACAAGGAACCACACACUGAGAAAAUGCCACCUCCGUUCGACAAGCUUACGUCGUUCGAGAGGAUGUUGGUGGUCAGAUGCAUCCGAGCUGACAAAGUGGUGCCGGCUGUUCAUCGCUUCGUUGAAUCUGAAAUGGGCAGGCAGUAUGUGGAGCCUCCACCGUUCGACCUCAUAUCUUCUUACGCCGAUUCGCACUGCUGCGUUCCCCUGAUAUUUGUUCUCACUCCUGGUGCCGAUCCGACAGCAGUUUUACUCAAGUUCGCUGAUGACCAAGGUUUUGGUGCCAACAGGCUCUUUUCUCUAUCCCUUGGACAGGGGCAAGGGCCAAUUGCCGUUCGACUGAUUGACGAGGGGGUUAAAAACGGCACGUGGGUCGUACUUCAGAAUUGUCACCUGGCCAAAAGCUGGAUGAGCACCCUGGAAAAGGUUUGUGAAAACCUCGUCCCGGAAACCGUUCAUCCCGAUUUUCGACUCUGGCUAACGAGCUACCCAGCUGAUCACUUUCCGGUCAGCGUUCUUCAAAACGGUGUCAAGAUGACGAAUGAACCACCGAAGGGCUUGAGAGCCAACAUAAUUCGAUCUUACCUCCAAGAUCCGAUUUGCGAUCCGGAAUUUUUCGAGAAAUCGAAACAAAAGGUUAUUUUCAAAAAGCUGUUAUUCGGGCUGUGCUUCUUUCACGCGAUCGUUCAGGAGCGUCGCAAGUUCGGCCCGAUCGGCUGGAACAAUCCGUACGAGUUCAACGAAACCGAUUUACGAAUCAGCGUACUCCAGCUCAAAAUCUUUCUUGAUCAAUACACCGACGUUCAAUACGAGGCCCUAAAAUACCUGACAGGUGAGUGUAAUUACGGCGGCCGAGUGACGGACGAGUGGGACCGGCGAACGCUGGUUACCAUCCUGGCGAAAUUCUACUGUCCAUCCCUCGUAGAGAAUGAAAAGCACCUUUUCGAUCCAAGCGGCAUUUACUACGUUCCGCAGGUCAGCGAGCACGCGGAGUUUCUUGAGUUCGUUAAGACUCUGCCUCUGAUAACGGGACCGAGCGUUUUUGGCAUGAACGAAAACGCGGACAUCAUAAAGGACCAGCAGGAAACGGACCUGAUGUUAUCCUCGGUGCUUCUUACCCAGGUGAAUUCUCGCGCUCAUAAAAGUGAAGUGCAGGACACCGCCACGAGCGAAGGAGACGGCGGAAGAUCCCCAGAUGAUGUGGUCUUCGAAGUGGCGGCUGAUAUUCUUUCUAAGCUUCCGGAUGACUUCGACCUCGUUAACGCCCUCGCAAAGUAUCCAACCUCUUACGAACAAAGCAUGAAUACAGUGCUGGUUCAGGAGAUGGGAAGGUUCAACAAGUUGCUACAGACCAUAAGGAGCAGCCUUCAAAACAUCCAGAAGGCCAUAAAAGGUCUGGUUAUCAUGAACGCCGAGCUUGAGGAAGUCAUGGCGUCAAUAAUAACUGGAAGGAUACCUUUGGUAUGGAAAGCCCGGUCUUACCCGUCCCUGAAACCACUUGGUAGCUACAUAAACGACUUUUUGCGGCGGCUCACAUUCUUGCAGGAAUGGUACAUGGAUGGUCCCCCCACAUCCUUCUGGAUAUCCGGCUUCUACUUUACUCAAGCCUUCCUGACUGGCGCCCGGCAAAAUUUUGCCAGGAAGUACUCGAUUCCCAUCGAUCUAUUGAUCUACGACUUUAUACCUCUGAAGGAAACCGCGUUUCCUACACCUCCUGAGGACGGUGUCUACGUUUACGGUCUUUUCCUCGACGGGGCAAGAUUCAACUUGUCAACAAUGAUGCUUGACGAGUCAUUGUCUAAAGUUCUUUACGACGAAGUUCCAUUCUUAUGGCUUGUCCCGAUAACCAAAUCGAAGAUUAAAGAAAGGCCGACUUACACUUGCCCUGUGUAUAAAACGAGCGAACGUCGUGGAGUUCUCUCGACUACGGGUCACUCGACGAACUUUGUUAUCGCUAUGUGGCUACCGACGAACCUUCCACAAGAACAUUGGAUAAUCCGAGGCGUGGCAAUGCUCUGUCAGCUUUCGCAGUAACAAUUGUCGCGUGAUGUCUAUAAAAAUUCGUGGCGUUAACACAACGCAAU